UCUCCUUCAUGCUCAUCCUCCCUGUGAUCCGAUCCCUCCUCCUCUAUGCAUAUAUAUUUCUCUUAUCUCCACGAAACCUCUCCAAGAAAAUAGAAAGAGAGUAGCAAUAGAGUCAGGGAACUAGCUCCAUUCCUUCUUCCGUGGCCUACGUAUAUGUAUUUGGGAAGAAGAUUAAGGAUUCAAUAAUUAUUUUUUAUUCAAUUCACUGGCUCCAAGAUGGUGCAAUGGCUCGAAGCUCCUCCUUCCGAUUUCACUCCAUGUCUCCAUGGGCAGCAGCAGCAUCUUCCCAACUCAAUGCAAUCGCUCAACGACGCUGAUGAUCACGAAACAAGCAGCAAUCUCAUUCGCAUUCAUGACCAAAUUGGCAGUCAUGGCAAUGGGUCGCCAAAUCCUGCUGCCACUAAAUAUUUAACUAUUGGUGCUGCCACCAUUGGGGAGGUGGAAACAAGCAUCAAGGAACAGAGCAACUAUUCGAGGAAGAGAAAGGUCGAGAAUAUCUCUAACGAAAAGGUGGGGUGCGGCAGCCCCGCAGAGGAUGGCAUGAAAGAUAAGCGAGUGAAAGAAGACAUAGGAGGAGGACGAGGAGCAGCACAAGCCGGCAACAAAAAGGAAGCCUCGGGAGACGCCUCCAAGGAGAACGCAGAGCCACCAAAGACCGACUACAUCCACGUUAGAGCGCGUCGAGGCCAGGCCACAGAUAGCCAUAGCUUGGCGGAGAGGGUGAGGAGGGAGAGGAUCAGUGAGAGGAUGAAGUAUUUGCAGGAGUUGGUGCCCGGGUGCAGCAACAUCACAGGGAAAGCCGGCAUACUUGAUCAGAUCAUAAACUAUGUUCGAUCUCUCCAAAGGCAAGUCGAGUUCUUGUCCAUGAAGCUCACUGCUGUGAACCCGAGGCUGGACUUUAACAUUGAUAAUUUCUUCAACACAGAGAUAAACCUAGCUUGCAAUUCUGGAGUCAUGCCAAUGAUUGAUAUGCCAUUUGAGCAAUUGGACCCCUCUUAUAUUCAGUUCAACUGCUUGCAUCCAACAGCUGCUUGUUGUGGACUUGACAUGGCUGUGGGUUCCUCAGAUACAGUUCCCCAUAGAACCAUGAGCUUGCCUGCAUCAGAUCCUGAGACAAUCUUGGAUUCGAGUCUCAGUGUCCAUGGAUGUUCUCCUUCUUGGAACACUGGCUUGCAGAACCUCUAUGGUGUGGAAUUCCAUCAAGGAAGGGGACCUGCCUUUCCCUUUCAAUCAUUGCAAGGCGAUAUCUUACCUCACAAUCUCGAAAUGGAGAUGUAAGCAUAUAUUAAAACUUAUUGGAGGUUAAAUAUCCAAUUCGAAGAUCGAAGAUUUUUUACUAAGUACAUAUGUAUCAUCCACCUCCAAAAAGAAAGUAGGUAUACAUUGAGAUGCCGUGGCAGUAAAAAGAACAAUGUGUACCAUAUUUACAGUACAUGGUGUUACAAAUAUGGCUAAUUGAUCUAAUCAAGCAUGAAACAACUUUGAGUUUU